AUGUUGUGCGGUGGGGGUUGGAACUUUGGAGAACUUCCCAAAGAUACCCCUAUUCCUCCAUCCGAACCUAGUACGGGUAGCUCGGAUUAUCCACCACUAUCUCGAAAGCUAUUGCUUAAGGGUUGGAACUUUGGAGAACUUCCUAAAAAUAUCCCUAUUCCUCCAUCCCGGCCUAUUAAGGGCUCCUCCGAUUAUCCACCACCACCACCUCCCAACUCCUUGUUCAAGGGUUGGAAUUUUGGACAACACCCUAAAUAUACUCCUAUUCCUCCAUCCGGACCUAGUACGGUUAGCUCGAAUUAUCCACCACCUCCUCCUACUUCUUUUCUUGAAGGUUGGAACUUUGGAGAACUUCCUAAAAAUAUCCCCAUUCCUCUAUCCGAGCCUAGUAGAGGCUCCUUAUAUAAUCCAUCACCACCACCUCUCACCUUUUUGUUUAAGGGUUGGAACUUUGGAAAACUCCCUAAAUAUACCCCUAUUCCUCCAUCUGGACCUAGUAGGGGCAGCUCGGAUUAUCCACCACCACCUCCCACCUCAUUUCUUACAGGUUGGAAUUUUGAACAACUCCCUAAAUAA